ACCUGACCACAGUCCAUGUCCUCCCUUCAUUUUUGCCGCAUAGCUCUGGCAGUAGGUGUGGGAAAUUGGACAAUUGCUCCUCAUAAACUUUGGCAAUGGGGUUCGAUAAGGAUAGCUUCGACUUGGAGAAGCAAUUCACAUUCUACGCCUCUUACCAUGCUAAUCGCGUGAACGUGGCCAUCCAUUUGGUUUGUGUGUGGCCUAUUCUUGCCACUGCCAUGCUGCUGCUUCAGUUAUCGUCCUACUGCUUCUUGACUCAUCUGCCAAUGCCUCAUGCACUUCAAAAUUUGCCCUUUGGUCUGCAAGCCCCGCUCAACUUGGCCUUGGUUAUGGCCAUUAUAUAUAUUGUAUCUUAUUUCGCCAUGGAGCCGAUUGCGGGGGGUCUAGGGGCCCUUAUGGUGGCUGGACUUUACUUUGGAACAUGGAAAAUGGUCUCCGAGGAUUGGUAUGUGGGCGGUUACCCCAUUUGGCAGGCGGCUUGGGUCAUCUUCUUUUUGGCAUGGACUUUUCAAUUCAUCGGACAUGGGGUCUUCGAAGGGCGAGCUCCUGCUCUUUUGGACAGCUUGGACCAAGCCUUGAUCACGGGAGGACUAUUUGUUUUACUCGAGAUAUUUUUCUUUUUUGGCUAUCGCCAAGAUUUCUACCACAAAAUGAUGGAUCAGGUGAGGACCAACAUCGAAGAGUUCCGGGAAUCCAACAAAAAGGGCCAAUGAUUUUUGAAACACGAGUGCGACUGAUGCCAAAAUAAAAGCAAAUGCAACCCCAAA